GGUAACAUUCGGCUCGGCUCAGUAGUUGGGUAGUGUUGAGAGUGAAUAGGUGGUGGUGUUACCCGUCCCGCAAGGCAUCGCGCGCCCCUUGCCUCCAGCUGCCUCGCGGACGCUGAGAAACAUCUUGUGCGCCAUCGUCUGCAAAGAGAGAGAGAAGAAAGAAAAAAAAAUGGAGCGUGAGGUGAACUUGACACGUUUCCCUGUGAUUUUACAAUACUUGCUACUGACUUGCGAGGAGUAAUUGGUGUCUAUUUCCCCAGAGUUUUCGGGUAGAGAGAGAGAGAGAGAAAGAAACUGCAAACUUUGGUUGAACUUGGGAGGCCAAAAUCGAAUAAUGUGAUUGACGGACUGAAUUGUGAACAGUAACACAUCGGCUAGAAUGACGGAAAAAGUCGCCGCCUAAAACAUAUAAAAAAAAAAAACUUGGGAAAAGAGAAAGAAAAAUGAUUCUAGAUGAGCUCGUUCUUCGAGAAGCACUGAAACGUUUCUUCUGGGUCCCUAGAUCGAAGUAGGUUAUGUAUGGCAAGUCAGAGGACGGUCUUCUCUUCAAGAGGAUUUAAUGCAUCAGGUCAAAGGACGACAUGAUUCCUCGCUCGUGUGGUUAGAUCGACACACAACGGAACUAGCAGUACUCCAGAACAUGGAUUGAAUGAUCUAAUAAUAAUGGUUGGAUACAUGUAGCUCCAUAGCUCAUCGUCCAGGGGAAAUGACCAGGAACUCGACCUCAUUGCUAGCAAUGAAGAUGGACGAUCAGCCGGCCUCCACUCACGUCACAGAAGGCCCGGAACUGGAGGUCACCCUGGCCACAGCCGAAAAUCAGACAUAUCAGGUCAUGCUGGAAACAUUGUGCAAUCAGUCUUACAAUAAAAUCAACGCCACCGCCCCUUCCCCAAAGCUGUUUGCGUUCACUGUGUACGGAGUGCUCCUGACUACCAUAGGUCUACUGGGAAUCGCUGGAAAUCUCAUUUCGAUCACUAUACUGUCCAGGCGUAAUUUGCGUUCAUCCAUCAACUGUUGCCUAAUCGGUCUGACGUUCUUCGACAUGAUAGUCACGACCACAUCCAUCCUCAUGUUUGGACUCUCGGAGAUCUGCGAGUACACCGGAGCGAUGACUUGGUACGCCAAUGGACUCUACCAGAGGGUGAUGCCCUUCGUCUAUCCUCUGGGGAUGAUAGCCCAGACGGGCUCGAUAUACCUGACAGUGACGGUCACUGUCGAGCGGUACGUUGCGGUCUGCCGGCCCCUACAAGCGAGGUCGCUCUGUACUUACGGCCGAGCUAAGGUGUAUGUGUUGGCCGUCGCCUUUUUUUCCAUAAUCUAUAAUCUUCCCAGGUUUUGGGAAGUGUCCUAUCAGGUGUGUAGACUAGACAACAUGGAAGAGAUCGUGAUUGUGGUGCCGUCAGCCCUGAGACAAAACGUUCAUUAUAUUCAAAUAUACAUCAUGUGGAUGUACCUGUUUGUAAUGUACUUGGUACCUUUCCUUAGCCUCAUGGUCUUCAAUUCCUUCAUCUAUAGAGAGGUUCGAGCAGCUAACCAGGAGCGCAAGCGUCUGAGCAGGCUGGAGAGGAAAGAGAUCGGUCUGGCCGUGAUGUUACUGGUGGUCGUCACGGUGUUCUUCCUGUGCAAUGUCCUGGCGUUUAUCAUCAACGUUUUAGAGUUGUCGCGUAUCGUCAUCGACGAACUCACCGUCGCCAGCAACCUGCUGGUCACGAUCAAUUCCUCGGUGAACUUCAUCAUUUAUUGCAUCUUCGGGCAGAAGUUCCGUAGAGUCUUCUUGAAAAUGUUCUGCUCCAGGAUACUGCCGGGUUCCUUGGCCAGGGACCGCGCGAACAGCGCCUACUGCGAGCCUUCCCGCUUCUUGACCAACGGCGGAGCCACAGAGACCAUCUGCCUGCCUACUGCUAGCGGCCACCGGCGAAGCCACCCCUUGGCCAAACACGGGACUCCUCGCACCUCCCUGAACACAACCGUGGAGUCCACUUACCACAACAGAAGAAACGACUUCUAUGAAUACGAUAAAAAAGAACAGUCCGCGUCUCAGUGUUUCGAUUAAGCACGUUCCAGUGAACUUAGGUUUAAGAGAUACUUGUGAUAAUGCUCAUUACCCAAAAAUAUUUCUGUGUGCGAAAUGUCUAUGAUCUAUAAAUGUGUAAAUGCUUUUAAAUGAAUUCUGCAUCAUA